AUGAAUCAAAAUCUUUUGCAAUAUCAGAAGUUGAAUAACCAAAGGCUUGCGAGUUUAAAGCUUAAAUUGGGCCAAAUCUUUGAUGCACUUAAUGAGAGGGAAAAGGGUAAACUCCCUAGUCAACCUCAGCAGAAUCCUAAAAGUGCAUUUCAGGCAAGUACCUCAACUUGCAAUGAAACCUCACAUGAUCAUGUGAAUGAUGUCACUACUCUUCGUAGUGGUAAAGUUGUCAAUAACAAUGUAGGUGUACCACAGUCAAGUGGGUCUGAGUCAGACUCACCUUUGCACACUACUCCACAGAAAACACCUGUUGUAGAAAAUGAAUCUGAACAUGUUGAUAAAACUAAAAGUUCUGCUGAUAUGAAUGUGUCUUUGCCAUGUCAUGUGCCUGUUGCUCCAUUCCCACAAAGGUUGGUACAACAAAAGAAAAUGGGAAACCAAUACAACGAGAUAUUGGAAAUGUUUAAACGAGUUAACAUAAACAUUCCAUUUCUCGAGGCAAUCAAGCAAAUACCUGCUUAUGCUAAAUUCUUGAAAGACGUAUGCACACAGAAGCGAAAGCUUCAUGUGCAUAAGCGUGCAUUUCUUACCGAGCAGGUAAGCUCCAUAAUUCAGAACAAGCUUCCAACUAAGUUUAGAGACCCAGGUUGUCCAACAAUCUCGUGCACCAUAGGCUACCACAAUGUCGAAAAAGCUUUGUUAGAGUUGGGAGCAAGUGUGAAUUUAUUGCCAUAUUCUGUGUAUGUGGAAUUAGGUCUUGGGGAGCUGAAACCCACUCCUGUUACGCUACAAUUAGCGGACAGAUCUAUCAAAAUCCCUCGUGGUAUUGUUGAAGACAUGUUAAUCAAGGUUGAUAAAUUUUACUUCCCCGUGGACUUCAUUGUAUUAGACACUCAACCUGUGCAAAACCCAGACAACCAUAUUCCUCUCAUUUUAGGACGUCCCUUCUCGGUGACGUCCAAUGCUAUCAUAAACUGUCGUAAUGGUAUGCUGAAAUUAUCUUUUGGUAACAUGACUGUGGAAUUAAAUAUUCUUAAUGUUAGUCAACAACCCAUGGAUUUUGAUAAUGAAUUGCAUGAAAUUAACAUGAUUGAGAGUCUGAUCCAAGACUCUAUGCCCGACAUCUUAUAUGUGGACCCUUUGCAAGCAUGUCUAGAUAACUUUGACUUGGAUCUUUUUGAUUCUGAGUAUAUUAGUGAAGUGCACUCUUUGCUUGAAUCUGUACCACCCAUGGACAUUGCUAAAUAA